AUGAGUGCAUCACAACAAUUCCAAAUUCUGUCUGGCGAUCUUUGCAGUAAUCUUUACAUUAAAGAUUAUAAUAAGGAAAAAAUUAAUUCCUUAAUUGAUGAACUCAAUGCUCAACCUUACAAAGCAGAAUUAUUUGUAAGGAAACAGGAUGCUGCAGCUCUUGUAACAUCACUUUGUGUUAGUAUAAAACCAAUAGACGAAUUUUUAGCUGCCAAAACGUCACAUUUAAUUCAAAGUAUUGUUACUAAACAAAAUAUACAGUUUGAUAGUGACUAUUUAUGGAAAGUUAUUGCCUGGCAUGUUGAUUGUAUAAAAAAAUGUUCAGAUAUUAUUUUACCUGAUAUUCUGCACAAUUUGCAAUGUAUAUUAACAAUCAAUCCACUGAGUGGACUAAAGUUUAUAAAUGAAUUAAUUGGGAAGCAGGGACUUCUAUUAAACUUCAUAGACUCUGAUAAGAAUAAUUCAAACCAUUCAAAUGGUCUGCAAAUAUGUUUGCUAGCAUUGAAGUGUAUUAUAUGCUUACUGACAAUAGAUGAAAGCAAAUCAUUUGAACAGAUUGAAAUAUUGCUGGAGAUUAAAGAAUUGGUUUCUAAAAUUGUCAUAAAAUUAUUAUUGAAAGGUCAAGUAAAAUCCCAAGAUGAGUCUAUUUUAUGUAAAGUAGUAAUAUCAGCGUUAAAAAUAUUGUCACAUAUUUAUUUCAAUGACCAAAAGGUGGAUUUGCCUAUGUCAGAAAUAAUUGGGAUUUGCAGAUAUUUUACUUUAUAUGGACUUGUAAAUCAAGGGAAUAAGCCUGAAAGAAUAAUGCCUGCCCAGCAGUCUAUUGCUGCUACACCGGUCAAACCCAAUGCCAAAGGGGGCAAGAAACAGAAAAUAAGAAAACAAAGGAAUAAUGCUAUAGAAAAUUUGAAGAAGGAGAUACCAGUGACUGAUGGUAGUUUAAUGAAAGAUGUUGACAAUUUUGAGAAUAAUUCAGCUUACAAACCUGCUAGUAAGAAUUACUUAGACUCACUAAAAACUAGAACAUGUUGGACAUUAACUAGUGAUUCUGAUCUGUCCGACGUUGAAAAUGGAAGAGAAGCCAAGCUUAUUGCUUUACGGUCUAGAGUUAGACAAAGUGCGGCCAAUUUAUUCCUUGUAGUAUUUAAGACUAAAGACAAAAAGGACAUUUUUGGUUACUGGUGGGCUCUGUUACCAGAUUGUCCAGAUGUGAACAAUUGGUUAGGAGAAGAAAAGUCAAAGAAAACAUUGGCAUAUUGUGCAAUAACUGAUCCCAUUGCCAGUAGCAGAGCCAGUGCACUAAGUGUUAUAUUAACUUUACUGUCUGGAUCUAGAAUGUAUUUAUCUCAAGCUGAAUCAAGCAAAAGAACACACACAUCAUUUAUACCAUUCUCAGUGUCUUUAGGUUAUAUUAUAACCUGUAUGCAUAAAAUAUUAGUCAGUAUAUUAGAUACUGAGAGGAGUCACGCUGUGAUCAUAGUCGCAUUGAAAUGUUGUGCUGCUUUGGUACAAGCGACGCCCUAUCACAAGAUGCAGGAAGGACUAAUAAGUGAACUAGUGAGAUCUACAAGGAAAUUUUUAGUGCACAAAGAUGUAACUUUACAAGUAGGUGCAUUAAUUACUAUAGGCUGUGUUUUAUCAAUUGAUCCAAAAAUCGAUGAAGUAUUAAAAGCUAUGGAAAAAGAUUCUGUGUCUUAUAAAACUCAAAAGCAAAUAGAUAAGGAAAAUAUACCUCUCAAUGACGAGUGUGAUGAUUUUGAAGAGGGAUAUUCUGACGAUGAAAUGUUCACUCUAACUGAUGAAAGUAACCAGACUGAACAAGCUAAUGAAGUGUGUUUUAAGAGUUGGAUUUUAGAUAUUUGUUUUAAGAAUAUGGGAUGGCUGUUUAAAGAUAGCGAAACAAUUAAGUGUAAGCCAUCAGCCAUACCGAUAAUCUUGGAAUCAUUGCAAGUCCUCUCAGCGAUAGCCUUCCACCAUCUCCCCGACCUCCUACAGGCUCAUGUCACCCUGCUAGCAGACAUCCUCAGUGAGAUGCUUCAACACGAACACCAGGAUAUAGUGGCGCAAUCUGCAAGAACUAUUAGUAUUAUUGGCGACGCCAUACAAAAGUUAGAACAACAAGAUCAACCCGUACCUCUAAGCCAAUGCGUUUAUAUGUGGGAGAAACUACUGACUCCUCUAUCUACAGUAUUACAAAGCCACGAGAAUGCCCCCGCCAAAGCCGUGGUUUGUGACUGCAUUGCUAACAUUGGCGAGAGAUCUUUCAAGGAACUACCGAGUCGAACACAAAUGCUGUGCUGUGCUCUACUGGUAGGGUCGUGCAGCGACGAGGAGGCGUCAGUGCGGGCGGCCGCGGUACGCGCCCUCGCUAUGGCGGUCAUGUACAAAACUCUUAGAGAGGACAUUUGUUUUGUAAGCGAUUGUGGAGAGAAUAUUCUAAGAGCGCUGGCAGAACAAACUUUGGUUGUAAGAACUAAGGCUGCUUGGGCCCUUGGAAACCUUAGUGACGCUUUGGUUCUGAAUAUGGAGGAACCGGAGAUAGACGAUAUAGACGAUGACCUGUUACUCCGCUUACUCGAGGUCAGCGUUCAGUGCGCCAACGAUAACGAUAAGGUUAAAAUGAGUGCUACACGCGGCCUUGGAAACCUUUUACGUCUUAUCAAAAAUGAAAAUUUGCAGCGACAACCGCAAUUAAAGUCCUUAUGCGAUAUAGCAAUAGGGAAGCUUUUGGAUUGCGCGUGCAAAGUAACAAAUAUGAAGGUGCGGUGGAACGCUUGCUACGCUCUCGGCAAUGCUAUGAAAAAUGAAAAUUUAUUCACCUGCUUUAAUGGAUGGCAGGGCAAAGUGUUUUCAAAUUUAACCAUCCUAACACAAGAGUGCAAGAAUUUAAAAGUGCGUAUAAACGCAGCGGUCGCGUUGCGCGCGCCCGCUGCCCGCACGCAGUAUGGGCAACAUUACGUGCCAAUAUGGCGCGGGGUGAUGGCGGCCUUGGAGAACGCGGCUAAUGUGGACGAUUACACAGAGUAUAAGCACAAGGAUAAUCUUAUUGAACAGCUCUGCGUGACUCUAGCCCAUCUAUGCUGUUUACUGAAGCCAUCAGAUUUGAAUGAUAUCGUAGAUCCUUUGGUUUUCCACUUCGACUGUGCAAAGGCUCUAUACACACAACUAUAUCACAAACUGCCACCAGAAAACACAUCUUGUCUCAAAAUAUUAGAAGCAGCCAAAUAUAUUACAAUGGACUUAGCUGUUGAAAAUGAUAUACAAUUGCAGUCUUUAGGCAUGCUACAGGAAAUAUUUAUAUGGGAUGUG